ACAACAUAUUCUUUUUCUCCCUCUCGAAGGACGUAACCAAGUUUGAUACGCAGGUUACCUUCUUCACGGAGAAGAAGAGCCAAAACACAAACUAUUAACAGUGAGAGAGCAAUGGUGACACUGGUGGUGGCUACGACUACCGAUCCCGCCUCCAUUAACCCGGCCAACGCGCUCCUAGCCAUGCCGGGAUGGAACCCAGGUCCCUCCUUCCAGGAGAUAAGGAGUUUCGUUAACGAACAAGUGAGAUUGUUGCAACAUGACCACGGGAUCGUGAAGGAAGAUCACCUGGACUUGCGAUGGGAGGAGGCGACAGGCGAGGUGGUAGACGAAAUCAUCUUCCUCAGCAAACACACUGCCGUUUCAAACCGCCCCGCCCUCACCAUACAUCCCAUCGGAGUGCCUCAUUUGCGACAAGACGAGGUGCCCCCGGCAGGUGGCAAGCCAGGAUGGGCUGCCCCCCCUGAUCCAAGGAUGGGGUCCUGGCUCAGACUAUUGAAGAAAAUUGCUCAGUCUCAUAAUCUAAUACCUGAAUUUGAGAUAACCUUAGAGGCUACCCAUCACGGACCAGUGACAAAUAAACCCACUAUGUUUCUGGAGAUUGGUAGCACAGAGGAUUAUUGGAAGAGGCAGGAUGCUGCACAAGUUAUUGCUCUAUUAGUUUGGGAAGGACUUGGGCUUGGAGGCGGAGCUGCUGUUGGAAACUGGAGCAGGGGGAAUGACAAGAACAGGGUACUUCUUGGGAUAGGUGGUGGACAUUAUGCACCUCGACAUGUGGAUGUUGUUCUGAAAGACGGUGUUUGGGUGGGUCACCUACUGUCCGGAUAUUCAUUGCCUAUGGAAGAUCCAAGUCUUUCAAAACCAGAAGACACAAAUGACAAAGUUAUUGGUGGAACAUGGAGACAAUCGAUUAAAGCUGCUUUUGACGCUACUGUAUCUGCUUUCCCUGGUGGAGACAUUUUCGCACAUCUUGACCAUAAGAGUUUCAAGGGCUGGCAGAAAAAUGCUAUUACUACAUUUUUGGGUGAGCAGAAUAUCAAAAUUGGCAAGCCUAAUGACUUCUUCUACUGACAGGACAGCACCAUGUGGAUCCCUGGUUUGGAACCUAUCUUUACUAAUAAUAAGAAAGGAGCGAAGCUAUGCGGCUUCUUCGAGUAUUCCAUUCUGCCUUUCAGCUAGAUCCAGGAUCCGUGUAGUGAAUGAAGCAAAUGUCACUCAAUACAUUAUCUCUUGACCUCUUUAGAUUUUAGUAUACCCACAUUGUUGUAUGAGAGCUGUGGAUUCCCUUGAAAUGGUGGAAAAUGAUGCCAAAGAUAUCUUGUCACUUGAAACUCUUUUUUAUUCGAUAGAGAUGUCAUAUGAGCUUGUCCUUUUGGACAUUUGAACAUAUAAGUUUCAUUGGGGCAAAGCCCAGGUUA